ACGGUACGAAAGUGGACAGCAUUUGACAUUUAUACCGUUUCCGAAGUUGAAAACGCAACGAGAAAAAUGUUUAAAAUGGAUUCGACUAUGCGGACGACCACACUCUCAACUAAAUGUUGAUAACAUAAACAAGCACAAGUAUGUUUGUUCAAAGCAUUUUGUUGGAGAGAGAGGCCCAUCAGAGAUACACCCUGAUCCAGUAGCUGCAGAUGGGAGUCGAUCAACACCGUCAAGGCCCCCACCAAAGAAACGGCGAUUACAGGAGAUUUCAAUCGAAAGUAAUACAGAGGGUUUCCCCACUUGAUCUCCUGGUACAUAGUGCAGAGAGUCACAAACUUCGAAAACAUUUAGAAGAGACAACAAUGCAAAAUGAUGAAUUGCUUAAGAAAGUACAAGAACAGAAGACACGAAUAACAGAAUUAGAGAAAAAAUUAGAAGAUGGAGAAAGAUUUGGUUUUGAUAGUGUCUGUAGAAGAGAGGGAAAACUUAAAACUCUUUUCCAGUAUUACACAGGAUUAAAGCUGUUAAGAUUUCUUGCACUCCUUGAUUUUCUUGCACCAAGUGAUGAUUGCAUUUCUUACAGAAAAAGUAGGCGUGACAUUAGAAGGCUUGCCCUGAAAGAUUGUCUUUUUCUAUGUUUGUGUAGAUUGCGGCAUAAUUUUGGCCUAAAAGACAUAUUCAUGCGAUUGGGACUUUCAUUGCAAUCUUCGAGUGACAUUUUUAAUGCAUGGACUGAACACAUGUAUUUCAAAUUUGGACAGUUAAAUAUUUGGCCACACAGGGAUAUAAUAAUUAACAAUAUGCCUGCUGACUACAAAAAGGAAUUUCCCACAAGUCUGAUUAUCAUUGAUGGCACAGAAAUUAAAACACAAUCUCCUUGUGCUCUGGCUCUACAAAGUCAAAUGUACAGUGACUACAAAUCAAGCACUACCUUAAAGUGUCUUAUUGGUUGUGAUCCAUGUGGAUCAUUGAUGUUUGUUUCUGAACUGUUUACUGGGUCUGUAUCAGACAAAGAAAUUACAACAAACAGUGGGCUUUAUGAUUUACUGAAAGCUCUACUUGAAAGAGGUUAUUUACUGGAAGGAGAUGCUGUCAUGGCAGACAAAGGAUUCACCAUUGGGAACGAAUUAGAAAAGCUAGGAUUAAAAUUAAAUAUACCGCCAUUUGCUUCGUCUGGUUCACAGAUGUCCCCAGGAGAUACAGAACUGACACAAAAAAUUGCAAAACAUCGAAUUCACAUUGAAAGAGUAAUUUCCAAAAUAAAAAACUACAGAAUUGUCUUUCAUACAAUCCCAACUUCGCUCUUCCAAAACAUAAACCAGAUUUGGGCAGUUUGUUGCUUUUUGACAUUGUUUCAAGAUACAUUUGUUAGGGAUAAAUGAAAUUGGAAAACAGAAAGAAAGGUUUUUACCCG